AUGCUGAGUGAGAAAGCUAAAGGCAAACAACGCGCUAUAGACCCAGAACCAGCCACCGGCCCCACUCGCGAGUUCGUCGUGCGAUUCACCGAGGGUACUUCAGACUUGCAUGUCACCGUCAAUGAGCAAGACACCCUCAAAACAGUCAAAGAACAAGUCCGCAGGGAGCGACCGCACCUACAGAACAAACGACUGAGAUUUAUUCACUCUGGAGGCCUGUUGGCUGACACUACCGUUGUGUUCUCCUGGCUUGCUGCGCUCGACGGCAAGAGCAAACAUGCGGAGGAGGAUACUUCGUCGUCUUUGCCUAAGACGUGGAUUCAUUGCUCGGUUGGACGCGAAAUAGAACCCGGGGAGGAGGAGGACGGGGCAGAGCAAAAAGCACAGCUACGUCCCGCCCGUGGGUUUGACCGUCUCGCAUCCGUUGGCUUCUCCGAGUCCGACAUCGCCAACUUCCGACUCCAAUUCCACAGCCAGUCCGCUGCCAACUACCUCGACACCGAUUUCGAAACCGAGGAGGAAUACGACGAACAUGCCCGUGCACUGGAGGAAGAAUGGAUUGACUCGUUGGACAGUGCUGGGACUGCCACCCUCUCCCAAAACUCGUCAGCCAGCAACCCUUCGUUUCUGCAAGGCAUCCUUAUUGGGUUCUUCUUCCCCAUUCUGCCUCUUUUCUUCUUUCGAAAUUCCCAUCCACCUGCAUUCUGGGAAGAUGGAUCGCAGCAAGAACCUCAAGGGACGGUCGUCUUUUCCAAGUUCAUGCAGAUGGGGCUCGUCGUUGGCUUUGUUAUCAACCUGUUUUUUGGUGCAUGGCGGUUUUUACUCGCUUCUUAA